AUGGUUCGAUGGCGUUUUAGUUUUGGUGAAUUGAAGAAUAUCGAUGGACUCAUCGUUAAGUGUUUGAAUAGCAUUCCACAAUACAGUCAAGCGUAUCCGGCGGCCAAAUUCGAUGUAUCUGCAUCUCUUGAACGUAUGGUAGAAAACGGAUUUCGUUCCAAUGAAAAUAUCGUAUGGCACAAAAUCACUCAUGGCCAAAGGAGAUAUUAUUUGUUGAAAUCAUUAAAUGGUGAUGGAGAGGUUCAUGUCAAGAUUGGCCAUGGUGUAUUUGGAAAAGCCGGUAAGAGUUUUUUCUUAAAUCUUCAAGCAGCAAUACUUCCAGUAGAGGAAUCACGUUUAUCCAUAUUUUUCGUUGUAGAUCGUGAUCUAAAAAUAUUAAAGUCAAGAGACGAGUGCCAAAGGGUUAUUCGACAGUUUUUAGUCCGUUGGAAUGAAAAUGGUUCUUUACCCGGAUGGAAAACAAUAUGGUCGGUGUUUGAUGUUGCCAAUUAUGACGUAAGCGAAAGACGAAUCAAACUCAUUCACAAGAUUAUUCAAGAUAAUGUUAUACGAGAAUUAAUACAUACAGAUAAUGGUGAAGACCAGAGUGUUCAAUCAACCUUUGAUCAAUCAAUAAAUCAGAAUGAUUUAGAUGACCACGAUGAACAAAAUGAAAGUUAUAACGUCCAACAAUUAUUGCUUUCCAGUGAAGAUGAUAGACAAAUUCAAUCACCAUUAAGUCGUCGUUCAAUAUCAUCGUCGGUUAUCAAUGACUCAACAAGUGAAUUAGAAAACACGGAUAGCGCAAAAGCAACAGAUUUAGCAUUUGCAAAGCUUACACCAACUCGAUUAACAUCGCCAUCAUCAUCACCGAAGUAUGGACAACGAAAUAUGACCGCCUGUAUCGGUUUAGACGAUUCGAAUAAAGAAAAUAGCAUUGAUUCCGAAACAGUAAUUGUCGAUGAACCAGCACGGAAAUUAACGAACUCUUCACCACAUCUUCAACCUUCAAUAAAUUUGCUAAUUCAUUCUCAGCUAACUGACUCGACAUGCAAUGGCGGAGGAGUCGAUACAAAGAAGAAACGACAACGGCGUGGCGGAGCAUACGGAUUAUCAGGUCCAUGGGGACUGUAUGUCGCGUCGAACAAUACUCUGUAUGUGACUGAUUAUGAUACUGGUCGAGUGCAAGCGUAUGCACCAUCAUCCCGCUCGGGAGUAACGAUUGCAGAGUUGAGUGGACAUGUUGAAGAUAUAUUCAUGGACAGUAUGGGAUGUAUCUACGUAGCUGAUAUCACUCUCAGCAGUGUGUUUAUUUCGCCGAUGAAUAUCACGCUCCCAAUAGCUAUACAACGUCCAUGCACUUCGUCUUCAAUUUACGAUCCGUACGGCAUCGCUGUUGAUCAGUAUGGAAAUAUUUAUAUAUCUGACUUCUAUUGUAAUGCUGUUACGAAAUGGGCACCGAAUACUACCGCAGGUGUAGUUGUCGCUGGACAACUGAACACAGCUGGUAGCACUAGUAGUUUGCUCAAUGGUCCGAAGUUUAUUGCUCUUGACGAAGUACAUUCAGCACUCUAUGUUGUUGACUACUACAAUUAUCGUGUACAGAAAUUUCUGCUGGGAGUCAGCACAGUAGGUAUUACAGUCGCCGGCGGCAACGGAUAUGGUAUAGGCUUGAAUCAGCUGAAGAAUCCAUCAGGAGUGUGUGUGUCAUCGAAAGAUCACUCGGUGUAUGUGGGUGAUCAAGGCAACCAUCGAGUAAUGAAAUGGAUGAUAAAUGCUACGCAAGGUUCGAUCGUUGCUGGCGUGACAGGAGUAGCAGGCAGUACGUCAUCACUUCUGAAUACGCCAGGUGAUUGUGCUUUUGAUGCAGAACAGACGUUUCUUUAUGUCGCUGACUAUGGUAAUCAUCGAGUUCAACGAUUCACUUUAUAG